AUGCACGCAGUCCUCCUUGGCGCCUCGCGCAACAUCGGCUACCACCUCCUGCGCGACCUCAUUUCCACGCCGUCCAACACGGUCACCCUCCUCCUCCGCUCCCCCAAGUGCUUUGACGGGGACACCGACGUGACCCCCGCCAUCGAGAGCGGACAGAUCACCAUCGUUGAGGGCGAUGGCAUGAGCGUCGACGACGUGGCCAAGUGCUUUGCCGAUGGCAAGCAGGUCGAUGUGGUCGUCAGCACCAUCGGCAGCUUCCCCGUCGUGACCCUCACCGGGUUCAAGCUCCCCAUCCCGAACCUGUGCACUGUCGCCGCGGCCGCGAUGCUCAUCAACGUCGCCAAGCUCCCGCAGGCGACCCCGCCGCGCGUCAUUGUCGUGAGCUCGAUGGGUAUCGGCAGCCAGCACCACAUCAUGCCUUUUGCUCUGCGCAUCAUGUACUCGCUCCUGCUCGCUGGCCCCCACCGCGACAAGGAAGGCCUUGAGUAUCUCGUCCAGCACGCGUCCCGCGCCAUGGCCUCGCCGACGGACCCGCGCGACGUUCCCGGCAAGGACAUUCUCACGCCCGAGCAGCUCACCGCGGUCCCCGGGUCGUUCUUGCCUGAAGUCAUCCUCAUCCGCCCGGCCCUGCUCACGGACGGCGAGGCAAAGGGCCGCCCCAGCCUGCGCGCCGGCGCGGACAUUGCGACGUACUCGUGUUCGCGCAAGGACGUGGCCGGGUUUAUUGCGACCGAGUGCAUGCCUGGCCAGCAGGCGUGGGUGAACCAGGGCGUCGUGCUGGGUUACUAG